AUGGCCAUUAAUACGCCGGAGCCAAGAACCAGCACCGAGACGAGUUCGUUUACUUUAGGUACGUCAGGGAUAUUGGAGGAGAAUUUUGAGUCACGAAGUAAUGAUUUCCAGCCACAGGCCGAAACCGAUCUCUUGGCAGCACUACUGGCUGGGGAAUCAAUGAGUGACCUUAGUCUGAAUGCGACAGAGCUUCAUGAUGUCAGGUCUAAAGCAGAGAAGAUGGACUCAGAAGGGUGUCUCGGACAGUUCGUGGCUGAAUACGUGAGUGAAAGGAAGUGUUUCAUCAAAUUACGCUUUCAAAACCUCUGGGAUCAGAACUUACAAAUGGGAACUGCUUAUACCCAGAAGUUGGAGUGGGAAGUUCUGGAGGUAAAGAUCAUGCGCUGGAUUCGAGGAGCACGUUGUAGCCUUAGGGAUAUCCUUGCAUGUGAGAAGCGACUCUCAAUGUAUGUUUUUCAAGGUCUAGGAAACGCCAGUACCGCACGCUCGUGUUUCAUUGAGAUAGUUAAAGACCCCGUAGCUCGGUUACUUGACUUCCCGGAAGCUCUAUGCUCCUGUCGUCGAUCACCGGAAAGGUUGCGAAAGAUGUUACUCUUACAUACGAGUUUCUCUCAUCUCAUCUCGGAUGUUAAGGCUUCCUUUGGAGCCUCGGAAGAAGAGAUUAGGAGCAUUCAAGCACGCGCUGACGUUAUACUUUCCAGGCUGGGUGAAGUGGUUAGACUCACUCUCGUAGAUUUUGAGGCUGCGAUUCUCGGCGAUCUCGACGAGUGUCCGGCUCCAGAUGGGGCAAUUCACAGGUUGACAAAGUACGUGAUGGAUUAUAUCAUCGGCCUUACAGAUUUUCAGGAAUCUCUAAUGGAACUAAUACUCUCAAAGCCUUCAGUCAGUUCAGGGGAUGGACUGAGUUCCAAAUUGGAGGUUGCAGAACUGGAAAGGCAAACACCUUUGGCAGCGCAUUUGUUGUGGACCAUUAUCGUCCUGCUGAAUAACUUGGAGCGCAAGUCCAAAUCCUAUCGAGAUCCCUCGCUGUCCAAUUUGUUUGUGAUGAAUAAUAUUCACUACAUUGUCCAAGGAAUUAGGAAGUCCAGAGUUCUGAGACAGAUGGCAGGGUGUUAUCUAAACAAGCUGACAGAAAUUGUGCGGGAGGCAAUGUAUGGGUACCUAAAAGCUAGUUGGGAUCAGGUCAUGUAUUGUUUAAGAAGCCAGGGAUUGCGUGUUGUGAGCUGGGGUUGCAUUUCCUGGGUGUCAAAAAAUGUUCCGAAAGACAGACUCAAGAAAUUCAAUAAGCUGUUUGCAGAAAUCCAUUUCGCCCAAACAAUGUGGACUGUACCAGACCUUGGCCUACGGGAGGGGCUUCAACGGUCCAUACGGAAUAGACUAAUCCCGACCUAUGAGAGCUAUCUCAGAAACUUCGGGAGCCACAUUAUGAGCGGAGAGGGUUCUUCAGAGAGGUGUAUCCUUUACUCUGUUGAGGAACUGGAGGACAGGGUCUUGGAGUUGUUCACCUGCCCUCUUCUUCCUCUGGAGUAA